AUGACGCUUUCUUCGACCGUCGCUUUCUCAUGGUCCAUCGAUUUUAUUAUUGGAGCCAUGCACGAAGGAAAGCGUCCACAAAGCGAACGGAUUGAUGAGUCCUUCGAAAGGGUUGCUUCUGCUCAAACUUGGGUAUUUAACCCUUGGUGGUUCAGUCUUUCGAAAGGGUUGCUUCUGCUCAAACUUGGGUAUUUAACCCUUGGUGGUUCAGUCCUUCGAAAGGGUUGCUUCUGCUCAAAUUUGGGUACUUAA